UGAACGCGUCAUUGAAGAUGAGAUUCCAGAAAUGGAGACGUUUCGUACAUCAGAAGAGGAACCACAGGAAGACCACAUAGAUCAGAAGGAGGACAAACCCAGCCUGCUGCUCUCCUUCCACACUGAGCCCAAACAAGAACCUCUGGAUUGUGACAGUAAAGCUCAGUGUUCAUUGGUGGGUUCAGAGAUGACAUCAGUGAAGCGGGAUAACUGCAGUCAAACACUGGGACUGAAUGAGUUAAAAAAUGAAGAGGAAGAGAACAUUGGGGCUGUAAUGAAUCAUGAUGAGAUUCCAGAAAUGGAGACGUUUCGUACAUCAGAAGAGGAACCACAGGAAGACCACUUAGAUAUCUUUGAAAGUGACGAAGAUGCUGGAGGAGAUUCUGGCCCGGAUGACAUUCUUAAUGACGACGAAGAAGAUUUGUUUGAUCGAAUUGACCGAAUGGAGGAUAAAAACCGAGAAGCUGGGUCUGAAGCUGGGUCUGAAGCUGGGUGGUUUCAAGAUGGGUCUGAAGAUGGGUGGUUUGAAGAUGGGUCUGAAGUUGGGUCUGAAGAUGGAUGGUUUGAAGAUGGGUCUGAAGAUGGGUGGUCUGAGGAUGGGUGGUCUGAAGAUGAGGCUGAAGAUGAGGCUGAAGAUGAGGCUGAAGAUGAGGCUGAAGAUGAGGCAUACUCUGCUACUCCUCUACAGGGCACCACACCAGUGUCCCGUAGAACCUGUCCACAAAGGCUCUCUGGCACAACUCGCUCAACCCGAGGACAUAGACGUUCACGAUCUGCAAGAAGAUCACGGUCACCACAUGGACCCACACCAGCUGUCCCACCUGCCCAAGCGUGGAAGUCCGAGAAGGAGCAGGAUGUGCCCCCCAUUGUCCCCCGUUUCUUCCCGGCCAGGACCCCUGGGGUUCAGCCUGGUGCAUCAGUACAGGACAGUCCUCUGAGCUUAUUCAAGCUCUACUUCAGUGACUCUGUGGUGAAAACCUUGUGUAAAAACACUAAUAAAAUGGCUAAGAAGAAUAUGGCAAUUGGCAAGAAGUACAAGUGGACUCCCCUCACCCCCCUAUAUUUAUUCAAGUUCCUGGGACUUGCUGUGUACAUGGCCAUCCUGAAGUUGCCUGCUAUAAGUGACUAUUGGAGAAAAAACCACAUGUUCUCUGUCCCUUUUCCAAGCUCACUGAUGACGAGGGACAGCUUCCGUGUGAUCUUCUGGAAUAUACACAUGAGUGACCCUGCUGAGGAUGUGAUAAACGACGCUAAGAAGGGGACAGCUGAUUAUGACAUGCUCUUCCGACUGAGGCCACUCAUGGAUGACAUCAAAACGGCGUGCAAGGCUUUCUACCAACCCCGACAGAACCUUGCCAUUGACGAGAGGAUGGUCGCCUCAAAGGCGAAAACAGGGAUGACCCAAUACGUCAAGGCAAAACCGACAAAGUGGGGAUUCAAACUGUUCGUGUUGGCCGACUCCAGCAAUGGUUACACUAGUGACUUCACAGUCUACGCUGGGAAGAGCAAGUUUGCGUCUGGCUGUGGAAUAUCAUUUGACUCUGUGGUGGAGCUGAUGAAGCCAGCAUUCCUCGGUUCAGGGUACCACAUGUACUGUGACAAUUUCUACACCAGCCCACAUUUGUUCAGACACCUCAGGUCCUUGAAGUUUGGAGCCUGUGGGACAAUCCGUCAAGGAAGAAAGGGGACUCCGGAAACCAAAGUCAAUGCCCUGACCAAGAAGUCCCCACGAGGAUCGCUGAGGUGGAUCAGAGAUGGCGACCUCCUCUUUACAAAAUGGAUGGACGUUAGGGAAGUGGGAAUGUGCUCCACCAUUCAUGCUGCCUUUUCAGGUACCACUGUACAAAGAAAGCAGAAGAACAAGGAAGGAUGCUGGGAAACAUUUGAAAUUCCAAUCCCCACCCCGAUUAUUGAAUACAACAAGUACAUGGGAGGUGUCGACUUGUCAGAUCAACUUCUGAAAUACUACUCGGUGCACCACACAACCAAGAGGUGGUACAGAACCCUCUUUCUCCAUUUCAUGGACAUUGCAAUUACCAACUCCUACAUCCUCCACAAGGAACUCUGCCAGACUGCACAGCGUCAGCCCAUGACACACAAGGUGUUUGUUGAGCAGCUUGCCGCCGAGUUGUGUGGGGUGACUACAUGUGUGGUCGCCACACCAAAGAAGACCGGUCAUACACCAGUGCCCACCAGGGAGCCAACUGAUCUAAGCACGAGGGCCACAGCUGGACGCCUCCGCUGUGAAAAGUGCAAAAAAGAGGGACUAAAGAAAGACACACCUUGGAAGUGCAAUGAAUGUGGUGUUCCACUCUGUCUGAUAGCUGAUAGGAACUGCUUUCACCUGUGGCACAGCUAAAUGGUGAUAUAAAAAUGUUCUGCUUGCUCAUUCAUUAAAAGGGAGGUGGGGGGGUUAUGGGAAGUAUCACAAUAUGUAAAUAGUGCCGUUUGUUUUAUUUCAUUGAUCCUCAAAAUAUUUGGAAAGUUAGUCAAAGCAUAGAGGAACCAGAAUCUGUGUUUAAAAGAUUGUAGUUUUCUAUCAUUGUUGCGCGACAACAUAAUGUAUUAUUUUCUCAUGUUUUUAUGACACAGGAAUAUGCUUUAUAUUUUAUAGUGGACUGCUAGCUGCUGAUCUCAAUAGUUGUAGUCUUUUAGAAAGAGGAAAAAAAAAUGUAACACCUUAAUCUGCUGGCAGGAAUAUUGCUGAAAGACAUCCAAUGUCUUUUUACAUCAAGGGCAUCCACAACAUUGGUACAACAUGGAUCCUAAAUGAAACAGGACAUGACAUCAUGGAUUUGUCAGGUGUUACUUCCAUCCACUCUGUUAUAAUUCACUCCUUCUGGCCCAUUAUGUGUUGAGUCUCUCAGAGACUCAGCUCUGCAUAGGUGGACUCCUUUAAAGAGAAAUGAGACCAAAUGUCUGAAUAUGAAUGUGUGCUCAUUGUUUUUAUGUAAAUAUUGUGAAUGCUGGUGCUUUUUCUGAUUUGACUAAAGUUUGUUUAAAUCAAAGACUCCAUAACUGUGCGCUGCACAUUGUAUAAUUUAAAUUAUCAGUUGGAUAUUAUUGAGAAUUCCUUGGUUUGUGAGACUUUGCGAUGAUCUGUAACUUUUCUUAAAGACAAAUAAAAUUACUUUGAAAUAUAGAGAUGUAGAUAAAAACCUUAAAUUAACCAUCAUCAGUCCUAGUACAUACAGUGGGGAGAACAAGUAUUUGAU